AUGAUUUCACGAUCAUCCCAGUUAUAUAUCGCACUCGGUAUAGCUUUAUCUCUUGGAUCAUUCGGGCUUCAUGGAUUAUUUGUCUUUCUUAUUUGUAUUCUGUGUUUUGUUGGCGGGUUCUCCUAUAUUAUUUACCGUCGUGGAGAAGAGAAUUAUAGGGAGCUUGAAGCUGAUUUCAAUGCUUUGAAGGAUUUUAAAUUCCGGCCUGGAAUUGGCACGUUUCUAAAAAAUAGGAAUCGUUUCAAUGACAAAUCCAUGUACGAGCAAAUACACUCGAUGACCAAUUCCCCAGGAAUGGAUGCUGUUCUGGAGCAGAUGCUUUCUUAUGUCAUGAGAGAUUUUGUUGAUUCAUGGUACAAGAAGAUCACCAACGACGAACUGUUCAGAGAGAGUUUGAAGAGAACAGCUCGCAGAUCUAUCGGUUCUUUGUCUCAAUGCAUGAGACAAGUGGAUUGGGUCCCGUUUUUUACUCGCCACGUAGUUGACGAUUUCGCCUCGCAUCUUCGACUUUAUCGGAUGGCUAGCGAGAAAUUUAAGUUCUUGGGGAAAAAGGACGAAAUAAUUACAUCAGAGAAUGAUUUGUUGAGUCAUUUCUUUGACUAUGAAUUGGAGAUGGAGAAGACAUUAUGCAGAGACCUCUUAUGCACCACUCCUCACUAUGAAAAUGCCUACUUACACGAUGUCGUUGAUAUUGUACUUUACCUCAUCAUGCCUCCAGAAGAUUUUCGCUGCAGACCGCUAAGGUUUUUACUUCGAGAAGUGAUUGUGCGACGGCUCAUUCUCCCUCUUCUAGACCAUUUCUCCGAGGCUGAUGAAAUGAACCAGAUUCUCAUUUGGCUGCUCAGCGAAAUAUCGCCGAGACCAGAUGAUUUCAUAAUUUGUCUUGAGAAUAGUAAUUCUCUUGAUGAGUUGGAAGCAAUCUACAAAUCGGUUCAGGAAGAAAAAGUGGUAUUGCGAGGAAAAGAUUCUGGUGGUGAACAAGGCGUCUUUGUCAAGCAACAACUCAGCAGCCUGGAUUUUGUCGAUAGCCUCAUCAAGAAAAGACUUAUUCUCCUUGCUAACAACACGGUUGAUAACGGCGGACUAGAUGUGGCACGAGCUCUUUGCCUGUCUGAUGAUGGACUGGUGCAACUUCCACUCCACGUCGUUCUUACUAAUGGAGUUGCUGUAUCGUAUUUCAUAGAUUAUCUCCAAACUGUUGGAGGCCAAAACUACAUCGAUUUCUAUCUAGCGAUUGAGGGUUUUAAAGUGUCGGUGGAGCAUCAGUUAAGGACGCUUUCCAACGGUGAGACCGUUGGGAGUGACGUUUAUGAAACGAUUAAGGAAGCGGCGCAAUUUAUGUAUCAGCAGUAUCUUUCUCAAGAGGCGAUAACACGUGUACCACUCGAUGAAAGUGUCAUAGCCAAAUUUCUUGCUCGGGUGAGGAACGAUGAGCCUUGCGAUUUUUGGUUUGAACAAAUCCAGGAGAAGGUCAUUGAAAUAUUGCGUACCGACGAACACUUCUACCCAGGUUUCAAAAAGAAUCCUUUGUAUGCGAAGAUGCUUGUUGAGCUGGGCAUAAACAGUGAUGAGGAUCGUCCAGAAACACCAGCAUCAGAUGCUGGAUCUGCGUACUCCGCAUCUGGUGUUUCUGAUCAAGAGCGACGUACUUCGUCGAGCGAGAUCAUAGAGGAGAGUAUGGUGAAUGACGGCAAGCCAGUAAUGUCAGCAGCAGUGGAAACACUUGGAAUUGGCCAGCAGGGGAGGCAGUCAUUUGCGCUGUACAAUGUGCGUGUAAGCAGAUCAGUUAAUGGCAAGAAAGUUAGUGGAUGGAAUGUGCUGCGGAGAUAUAGUGAUUUCCACACUCUACAUGCGUUUAUUAUACAGAAGUAUCCGAAACUCUCCAACUUGUCGUUCCCAGGAAAGAAAACAUUUAACAACUUGGAUGCUCAUUUCUUGGAAAGAAGAACGAAGGCUUUGAACUUGUUUCUGGAUUGCGUUCUUCAACCAUCAAUGUUUGAUACCUAUGCUGAGCUAGAAAGUAUAAUGUUCGAUUUUCUCAGUCAGAAAGAGUAUUUGGGGAACAGAGAGCCCAUAGCUAAAAAGGUCAUAUCUGCAAUGUUCGAUCCCAUCAAGUUGGGCGUAAAAGCUGUGGGUAGCACCGUACUAGCUGUGCCUGACCAGGUGUAUGGCGGUGUGUCUAAGGUCGGUGCUGGAAUCAAUAACGCAGCGAAAGUUAUCAUUCAUCCUCUAAAUGGAGCUCCGAAGGCACCAGUUAUUGACACGGACCGUGUGGCUGCCGCAAUAACGGAUGAUGACUCGACUGCUGAUAACAACAUACCUCUCCGUGUGCUGAUUUUAUUUGUUGAUGAAGUUUUCGGUGUGCGUGCAAGAAACGCGUGGUUUCGACGACAGCUGGUAACAGUCCUUCGACAAUUUGUAACGCCAUUCGGUACGUCUAUCAACAAGCGCAUUGUAGACCUAGUGCACUGGUUGACCAGCGAACAACAAGUCACCCUGUAUUUUACUGCACUGAGGGAUUCAGUGUGGCCAAAUGGGCAACUUGCAAGCAGUUCUCUGCCACGCUCACCUGAGCUAAAAGCACGUGCAAGAAUUUUAGCUAAAUCUCUGAUGUUGUCUGCUUUGCCAGACGAACUACGAUUGAUCCUCGGUGCAGAUACGACCUAUACGGGUAUAAAUACCAUAUCAUGCGCAUUGCAGAAUAAGCAAUUGAAUCGUCGUUUGUUAAGGAUGUGUCGAGGUGCUGGGCUUCGUUUCAUGAGUAAGGCGGCUGAAACUAUGGAGGAAGCCCUGAGAAAGGCUCUAAAUGAAGAAGUAAAACCGUUUGGUCGCGGCGGAGGCGGCUGCAUCAAUUCUGGCCGAGGCUACGAGUCAAAAUCACUUGGCAAGGUAUUUGUCAAGUCCAACAUAAAGAAAGGAUCAGAUGUCAUGUUUCGUGGAGAAUUCGCAUCACUGAAAGCUAUGCUCGAAACUGGGACAGUACGCGUUCCAAGACCUAUUAGUGUCGUGAACCUCGGAGCGCAUGGAUGGGCACUGGUUACUGAAUAUAUCGAGAUGGGUGGUGGAAAUCGUCAGGACUUAGUGAAACUAGGCACGCAGCUGGCAAGGAUGCACAAACACAAUGAAGAGUGCUUGCAAGCAUCAGAACGCUCGGGAAGCUAUGUCGGUGGAGGCCAUACUACUGGCAAUUAUAAGCAAGGCGUAAAGCAAUUUGGAUUCCAUACGUCGACUUGCUGUGGUUUUAUACCUCAAAAUAACGAGUGGUGUGAUGAUUGGGCGACAUUCUUCGUUCGAAACCGUUUGAAACUACAAGUUGAUUUAUUAAUCGAGAAAGGCGAUAGAGACAUCAAAUCCGUGUGGCCGGAACUGGAAAGAAAGGCGACACAGCUUCUCGCUCCAUGUGCUGACGUGGUACCGGGGUUGAUUCACGGAGACUUGUGGGGUGGAAACUGGUCGAGCUGCGAUGACGGACCAGUUAUCUUCGAUCCUGCGGGCGCAUUCUGUGAUCCAGAAUUCGAACAGGGGAUUAUGAACAUGUUCGGUGGAUAUGGAAGCGAUUUCUGGGCAGAGUAUCACAAAGUUCUGCCGGAGAGACCGGGCCGAAGACAACGUGUUCUACUAUAUGAACUAUUUCAUCAUCUUAAUCAUUGGAACCAUUUUGGAUCAUCAUAUAAAGGCUCCUCUAUGUCAAUAAUACAUCAGAUCACUGGUUCAUGA